UCUUUUACUAGUAAUUAAAACGAUAGUUUACCACCAUCACUUCCGUCGUGAAACUACUCCCACCGUAAUCCUUAAACGCGCUGAACAACUGAACCAAACGACAAUGGAAACCUCAACUAACACUCACUACACUUCACCGGAUGAAAACGACACCGUCUUCGUUCAAACGGAACCUUCGAGUUCUCGCGCCGGCGAUAACAGUUCUGAAACCGAUAACUCCGGCGAUUCCCUAACGAAGAGCUCCGAUUUAUUGGCGAAAGGAUUGUCCUCGAUCCUCUCCACCGUCAUUAGGGAUUUCGAUUUCAGAGCUCAACAAACUCUCAUGAGCCAAAACCAUCUCUCUUCCUCUAUUGAUCGUCUUACAGGAGAACUUGAUCAGUUGCUCGAAGAUGCACCUUUGCCAUUCAUAAUGCAGCAUGCUGCCAAGAUAUCCAGUGUUAGGAAAAGAGUUUUAUCCCUCAAUUCACUUCUAAAAUCCAUACAAGGACGGAUUGAUAAUAUAGACCGCAUCAUGUCUAUUGGGACUACUCAUGAGAAAGCAGCCACCGAAGGUUCUGGGUGAACUGGCGUCACCUCAAUCAACUUCCAUAUUUUCCAUAUGUACGUUUCAAGAUUCACUAUCAUGCAUUUUACCCUUGACCUCUUAAAUUUAAUUCUUCAGGUUAACAUAAAUUUGGAUCAUAUACAUCAACUUUCUUUGACCAAUUUUUGUUUAUAAUUUAUGGAUGGGGUACCACUUAAGGGCUUAGAAUUUUGCAUCCAGUUACUAGUUGUAUUUAGGUUACUUUUGAUUAUCACUUAAUUUGUUUUUUUAAAAAAAUACCGCUGAAUUCUGGUUGUAAAUUUAAGACUUCAUUGCUGUGAAAAACAAUCAAUUUAUUUCAACAAAAAACGUUGUAAUUUCAUGGAUUUGUAAAUUUAAAACAUCAUUGCAAUGAAAAAAAAUCAAUUUGUUGCAACAAAAAAACUUGUAAUUUUAUGGAUAUAUAAGUUCUGCCAUCUCUAACAGUUUUCUAAAGUACUCAUCGGUCUCAGAAUAUAGGCAAAAAUGAGUUAAAGAAAGUUGAUGUAUUUAGUCUAAAUUUUGAACUAAAUACAUUUUAUUUAAUCGAUUUUUAUUUAUAUUUUGAGACCAAGGGGGGUAAUUUCAUAUCUCAAACUUAUGGGUUUUUUUUCUUCUCAAAUUUAUGGUUUUCAAUGUA